UGGAAGCAGCCGCCGGGAAGCGCCGGGCACCGCGCACAGCCCGCCCUGGGUAGCGUCUCCCGCGCGCGCUCGAGCUCCGCGCUGAAGAAGGUGGCGCAGCUGGAAAGCAGGAUCAUGGGCCGAAAAAAGCAGCUGGACUCGCGAAACAGCGACUGGGGCCAGAACCCCUCAGAUGAGGCCGUCUCCUCUGCUUCCAGCCGCGAGCACAGUGCAGGGGGCGGCAGGUAUCGGAAGAAUUGUGCCCGUGGAAACGGGGCCUUUGGUGAUGCACGUCCUAAGAAAGCUGGAAAUACCCGAAACCCCCCCAGUGAUGGUGCAGUUAAACAGCAGCUUGGUCUGGAUGGUGAUGAAGAGGAAACGAAAGAGCUGAUGAAGAGCUCUUGGCAGUUUUCCAGUAGAAAUCAGAAUAGGAGGGUGCCUGUAAAUUAUUCUAAACAGGGAAAGACUGAGACUACAGUUUCAUCAAGAAUGGCUCUUGCAUCUCAGAAAGAAACGUCCCUGUCAAAGACAUCUAAAGCACCUUCAUUUCACAGCAAAGACUUGGAGAAAAGCAUUUUUCUUGACGUUAAUUCACUAACACCUUCACCAACCAACAGAAGCCUGUCAGUAUUACAUAAUGUGAGAUGUCAAUCACUGGCUCCUUCCAUGGAGGACAAUGUUGUAAGGAGUGUUCUGCCCGGAGCAGGCGACGUCAAGCGGAGCCACGUAUCACUUGGAAGUGACAGAAGUGAAAUCAAGUCAUUAGACGAGUUAUUUUCAGACGCAGCGGAGGCAGAAGAUUCAGCUAGCGAAAGCUCAAAUGACUUCAGAGUGAAUAUACUGAGCCUCGAUGACUUGGCAUCAGAUAUCCCCAAAGAGACACCAGAAUUAAAGCAGAAAGGGACAGGCUUUCAAAAUAUCCAGAAGUCAAACAGGGAUCCCCCAAAAGUUGCUUUCCAUGUGAAAAAUGAUCCAACCUCCAUUAACAUGACAAGUGCAAUAGCUGGUAUGAAUGAUGCAUCUGAAGGGGAUGUUGAAAAAAAUGUGACUGAAACUGAAAUCUCUGAGCAUUUAAGUGAAGUUUCUGCAGGCUUCCCUAGACACAGACAAAAUAAUGUUGAUAAUGACAGAACUGUUAAUUCAGAAUAUUCUGAAGACUUUGAAAAGACCUCGUCUGUAACAGACAGUGAAUUUGCAUCCGAGAUCUCCGAGGAACACUCGGACAGGCGCACACGGUCUGGAAAAGACCCCUCUUCAGCAUCGUCACCUUCGCUGCCCAGAGAGUGGCGCGACCAGGCACCCAGAGCGACCGUCAGGGAAACUGCAGUUCAGACCCUUGAUUCUCCAUUUACCUAUUACUGGCCACAAAGUAACAAUUCUGCAGUGCUUGGCCCACCUCUAGGGAACAGCUACGUCGAUCCAGUACCUAUUGCCAGUCACGUCAUCAGCAUGGAUACAGUAGAAGCCCUGACAGCGUACAGCCCAUCGGUUCUUGUUUUAAAUGAUAUGUUAAAACAGCACUUGCUGCUGACUCAGCAGUUCAUAGAGAACAUCCACCAGCUUCACGGAUCCCUCGUGGCUUCCUUGGAGAGGGAGCAGUUCCACUAUCACACCCUGCAAGAGGCUAAAGAGUACAUCAAGAAUCACAAAUCCCCACCUUUAACACUUGAGCAAGCACUCCAAGAACUUGAGAAAGGGCAGGAGCAGAAACUGCUUUGACUCUUGCUUUGUAAAUGUUAACUAGAAUUUACAUUUACAAACCUCCAGGUGCAACAAGAAGCCCUUUCAAACUGUACAGAUAAAAACAUGUAAAAAUGUAC